UUUUGCUUUAUAGAGGCUGUUUUGAUUUCUUGUUUUGCUGUCGUACUGGUAAAACCGCGCUCCAAAUUCGUGAACCCUCGACGAAUUUUGGGAAAUCCGGGCUCUGGAGCGGGAACGAAUUGGGUGACCACCUAAAGCCGAUCCAGUACAAUACCAGCGAGCUCCUGAAGUGGAGGAAUGAGAAUAGUAGGAUUAACCGGAGGAAUCUCGUCCGGGAAGAGCACCGUCUCCCAUCUUUUCAAGUCCCAUGGUGUUCCCGUCGUCGACGCCGACGUCGUUGCUCGGGUGGUUCUUGGUGGUAAGUUCUUGCCAUUGAUCAAUGUGCUUACAGCUUACCUAGUGGAUGUUCUGAAGAAGGGCACCGGAGGCCACAAAAGAGUUGUUGAUGCAUUUGGAGAAGAUAUUUUGCUACCCAAUGGAGAAGUUGAUAGGGCUAAGCUUGGCCACAUUGUUUUCUCGGAUCCUGGAAAGCGCCAGCUUCUUAACAGGUUAUUGGCUCCCUACAUAUCCUCUGGGAUAUUUUAUGAAGUUCUCAAGCUAUGGCUAAAAGGUAACAAGGUUAUUGUUCUUGAUGUUCCUCUGUUAUUUGAGGCGAAGAUGGAUAGAUGGACAGAGCCCACUGUUGUCGUAUGGGUGGAUCCGGAGACGCAGUUACAACGGCUUAUGGCAAGAGAUAGCAGUAACGAGGAGGAUGCUCUAAAUAGGAUAAAUGCUCAAAUGUCCUUGGAUCAGAAACGGUCGAGGGCGGACAUUGUGAUUGACAACACUGGUUCAUUAGAGGAUCUAGAAGAAAAUCUUAGGAUGGUUCUAGUUCAAGUCACGAGGCCAUUGACUUGGACCGAGUUCUGGCUCUCAAGACAAGGAGCUCUCAUAUCUCUGUUUGCCAUUGUCAUUGGAGUAGUUGUUGGCAAAAAGAUUUCUAAGGUAUCAUUAUAAAGAAACCUCAUAUGACCAGGUUGAUUUGCACUUUAAACCGGCCUUGCCAGAGAUAGUAAAAGCUAGUGACCCAGUGUUGCACGAACCAGCUCGUGUAGCUGACCCAGGGGAAAUCAGUUCGGAAAGGAUACAGAAGAUCAUUGAUGACAUGGUUAAGGUUAUGAGGUUAGCUCCAGGAGUUGAGCUGGCUGCUCCCCAGAUUGGAAUCCCGCUGAGGGUCAGGUUUCUUCGUUUGUGCUUUAUCCAUCCAUGAUUUUGAGUUCUUGGGGGAACCGCAAUUUUAGUAAAGCCCCUAGUUGUAGAUAUUCCUAGGUUUAGCUGCAUUUCACUUGUUGCUGUGAUUAUCAAGAAGAGAAUUCAGCUGAUUAGCUCUUUUACUUUCAUCUGCUUAUUAGUUCUUGUAUGUUGAUUUUUUUAGCUAUGGCCACAACGUAGGGAAUUUGUAUUUUUCCUUGAGGGUUGAAUCCAAUGGGAGUAUUUGACAGAUCGUAAUGGCUCCUACAUUUAUCCGUUUCCUGGAUUUCGCACUUCUAUUUGACUGAAUUGAGCUGGAAGUCCAGUAAACCUUGGCAGCAUCAUUGUUCCUUCGUUGUAGUUUUCCGACCUCCUCAGUAGCACUUGGAUAGGAAGGGAAGAUCCCUUCUUAAGCCUUUGGUUUCCUUUAUCUGGGUUACUACUGAAGUUUGACAAAGAUGGUGCUUCCAAUGCCGUGGCGAGAUUUUCCUGUGUUUUGAUUGCUUGAGUUAUAUGGAAGAUAUUUGACUCAUUUUUCUGUAAUAUGGCUGCGUUCAUUCAAUCUCCCUCUUUGAUUUGCUCUUCUGGUUUGUGUUUAUUUGAAAUGAUAGUUCGGGAUAACUAGAAUAAGCUGCUUAAACCCAGAAUCUACUAUCCUUAUUCUGCAGCUAUCAUUUUCUUCGUGGAUGUUCUCCCCUCGAUGUUUCUAUUACCGUUGAUUGUGAUAGAUG